GAAUUAAUUUAAACUCUUAAAUUCAAUAUUUUAUAAUUUAUAAUAUUCAAUAAUUUAAAUAAUUUUUUAAACAAAACAUUUAGUAUGACUGCUAUACCAGUUCACAUUGAAGGAUGGAGUCUAAAUAAGAUUUUAGGUUCUGGAGGAUUUGGUAUUGUUGAACUUUGGACACAUGAAAGUGGUAAAAAAAUUGCAAUUAAGAUAUGUAAACGAGAUGUUAAACAAUUAAAAGAAACACAACGAAAAAGAUGGAUUCAUGAAGUACAGAUAAUGAAACGUUUGAAGCAUCCAAAUAUUGUUAAAGGAUUAGAUUUACCAUUUAAACAUCCAGAUGAUAAAGUAGAUUUACCUUUAUUAUGUAUGGAAUUUUGUAGUAAAGGUGAUCUAAGAAAGAUUUUAAAAAAGACAGAAAAUUGUUGUGGUGUUAGUGAAAAAGAAGCAAUUAAUGUAAUGAAAAAUAUUUCUUCUGCAGUAGAAUAUUUACAUUCUAAUAACAUUACUCAUCGUGAUCUAAAACCUGAGAACAUAGUUCUACAAGAUGAAUAUAACAUUAUUUCAUAUAAAUUAAUAGAUUUGGGAUAUGCGAAAGAACUUGGAGAAGAUAGUACCUCUGGAUCUUUAGUAGGUACAUUAAAUUAUAUAGCUCCAGAACUACUAUGGAAAUUAACAUAUAGUUGUUCUGUUGACUAUUGGAGUUUAGGUAUUCUCUUUUAUGAACUUAUCACUGGAACAAGACCAUUUCUACCUAAAAUGCAACAUACUAUGUCAUGGAUGCAACAUAUUAAAAAUAAAAAAUAUGAUGAUAUUUGUGCUUUUAAAUCAAAAGGAAAAAUAGUUUUCGCUCAAGAUAUUGUUGGUCCUACAAAUUUAUCUAAUAACCUUCGAAAUAAGUUGGUACAAUGGUUUAAAGUUGUUUUACAAUGGGAUCCAAAGAAAAGAGGGAAACAACAUGAAAGUGGAGUAACGAAGUUAGUGGUAUUUGAAUUGUUGCAUUCUAUUCUAUCAAAACAGAUAGUCUACGUAUUUGCUGCAUCAAUGUAUAAAACUAAUGCAUAUGAAGUAGAUAGUACUACUAAGAUUACAGAUUUGCAAUCUAUGAUUGAAAAGGAUACUAAUAUACCAUUAAAUCAACAAACUUUAACAGAUUACUUUGGUAAAGUUCUUAUUGAAAAUCAAAUACCACUUUUAUCACAAAUUCAGGAUUCAGUUUUAUUCGUUUUUAAAAAUGAAAGUCCUUUAAAAGAGAACAUUCCUAUGCCAGUUAUUCCUAUAGAAAUUCAAAAAAUGGUAAAAUUGCCAAAAAAUCAAUUAGAUUUUGAAACAUUGCAAGAUUAUUACAAAGUAUCAAUAUUUUUUGUCAAUCAGGAAAUAAAUUUGUUUCGACUGUUUUUUUUUGCCUUAACUAUAAAAGUCGAUUUGGUAAUCACAAGACUUGAUACAUUUAAUAAAGAUAUAAUAAAUACAUUAAUAAAUAUAAAUAAGUUUUUAAAUGAGGUAUCUACAGUUUGUAAUAAAUGGAAAGAAGAAUAUAUAGAUAAGGAGAAGCUAACAGCUUUGGAAAUUAAUUAUAAAAAAGUUACUAAACUUGUUAAGGCCGCUGAUCAAAUAAAAUUAAAAUUUGAUCUACUAAUACAAGAAAGCAGUAAAUUAAAUGAUGCAGUGAAAUCUAUUGAUUACAUUAAAGAUAUGUUUCAAAUAUAUAAUAAAAUCACAGAAAUUUAUGAAUUACAUAAAGAUGAAUACUCUCAUAAAGAUAUAAGACCAACGGAGGUAGCAAAAUUAAUUUUUGAAUUCUUAAAAAUACAAGGAGAACAAUUUUGCAAUAUUUUUGGAAUUAUAAAACAAGUAGCGAAAUUAGAAUCAAAACUCCGAACAUUGGAAAUGAUUUUUAAUUCAGUUAUUGCUUUGAAGACAGUGUAUUGUGAAGAUUUUCAAAAUAUAACACAACGAUCUCUUGAUAACAUCUCUAAUGAAAAAUGUUUAAAAAAUGAAACUACAAAUAUUCUAUCAAAUAUAGAAGUGUCAAAUGAAUUUAAUAGUAAUCAAUCUUUAAAUAUGUCUAAUAUUAAACAUCAAGAAAUGAUGGAUGUACAGAAUGAUGUGAUAUAUGAUAACUUAAUAAUACGUUAUACAUUGGAUAAUCUUUUAAUGGAAAUGCAAAAUAGAUAUAUGGACCUACUUAGUUUAGAAUUAUAAAUAUAUGGUGGGAAAUAUUAAAAUAUUUCUAUAAAAUAUACUUUUAGAAACUUAUUUAAUUAUUUGCAUUAAUCACUGCAGCAAUGUUAUUGCUGUGUGAUUCUUGAUGCUCUUGAAAUAUAAUGUCGUACACCCCAUUUAAUAUUAGCAUCUUUGUCUGUUUUGAGAUAUGUAUAAACAGGACCAUUUAUUAUAUUUUUCUGUUUUAUCUUCCAUCCAAUGUUAUUUGACGAUAUUGAAUGAUCUGAAAAUGAUUAUAUAUCAAUAUAAAACAUGUUAAAAUACUUUAUUAAAAUAACACCAAAAUUUUAUUUUAUGUGCUGGUCUAAAAUUGGCUGUGAACAAGAGGUAUGAUAAUAUAUAAAUAUGUAAUAUAUACAGUGCCAUUAAAUAGUUCAUCUUUAAGGCAAAUAUUAAAGUUGUUUUGUAAAGUAUCAUAUGUUAUGCAAAAAUAAUAAAUAAUUUUUUCAAGAUAUUUUAUAUUUAUCUUUCCACACAUAUGACAUUUUAUGUGAAAUUUUUAGUAUAUGUUUAUGAUUAAUAUGAAGUAAUUUAAUAUAUAUAACAUAUAUUUAUGUAUACAUAUCGCAUACGUACGAUGAAAGUGAUACAGCUUGAAAUAGUAUUUUCUAGAAGAAACAAAACGAUGUAAUUUGAAAUAUAAUGUAAUUAAAUAUACACUUAUUCACAAUAAUAACCAGGAUAAAACACAAUAAAAUAUAUUUAUAGAA